AUGGCUGCUAUCAACCCAAGGACAGAGAACAGCAGUGACCAGCUACAAUACUCAAAAUGGAGAUACGUGUCAAUAGUGUUUGCGUCCUUUAUGAUCAACUUCACGGCUUGUGGUCUUCUUUUCAGUUUUGGCGUAUACCAAGAACAUUACGAAGCCAUGGUUUCUACUGCCGGUACUCCUUUUACUGGUGCCUCAUCCGCCACCAUUGAUCUUAUUGGAACCCUGUCAGCAGCUCUGAUGACUAUAGUGGCCCCGUUCGUUAUGGCGUGGACAAAAUACUACGGCCCUCGACCUGUUGUAUGCCUUGGAGGAGUAUUGUUCGGUAUAGCUUCGGCUCUCGCAAGCUUUGGCAGAGUUCUAUGGCAUUUCCAGCUUGCACAAGGAUUGCUGUUAGGAUUUGCCACUGGCUUUUCUUUUGUGCCAUCUAUGACAGUUGCUCCUACUUGGUUCGAAAAGAAGAGAGGCUUGGCCAUGGGCAUUGUUUCUGCAGGUACAGGCUUAGGUGGUCUAGUUUGGACACCUGCAGUCUCGACCUGUAUCGACAGCUUGGGUUUCCGAAACACAUUGAGGCUGACCGGAUGUAUUGCUACGAUACUUAUUUGUAUCUCUGGAUUUUGUCUCAACUGGGACGCGUCGAUGGCAAAGCACCUCUCAGCACAAAAUUCUACUCUUUCCCCUAUUACCGCCAUUUUUAAGAUUCCCAUUCCCAGUCAACAGGUGGUUCGUCAAAGGGUAUUUCUCAUACAAGCUGCCAGUACAUUCUUCCAGGGUGCUGCCUAUUACAUUCCGGUAUUCUUCAUUGUUAUGUAUGCCAAGUCGCUGGGGUACACUGAGAAAGAAGGUGCAAAUCUAACAGCGGUAAGUAAUGCUUGCAACGCCAUUGGCAAGGUUGCCGUUGGGUUUAUCGCAGACAGAUUGGGUAGACUCAAUUCUUUCUUCCUAACAAGCCUACUCACCGCUUUUAUUUGCGUGGGAAUUUGGAUCCCAAGCACAUUAGUUGGGGAUAUCAACGAAGCAACUGCCCGCAGUCUUUUUGUCAGUUUUACUGUACUUUACGGGCUACUGGCCAGUGCAUUUAUCAGUCUAUUUCCAGCAGCACUUGUUGAGCUGUUUGGCGUUCAAGAACUCCCACAAAUUGCGGGUGUCAUGUACAUGUUGCAGGGAUUAGCCACCCUUGUUGGUACACCUGUUGCGGGAGUACUUGUCCGGGGAGAAGGGGUAUCUAGGAAUCCUAGCGACUACACUUCAAUGGCGGCAUGGACUGGAGCACUUAUGGCUUUGGCUGCGAUUGCCGUUGCUGGAGUGAGGCUGGAGGCGAUGAAAGAGUCUAGUAACGGAACCUCGAAGUGGAGAUGGAAGCUGUAA